AUGGCACUUUUGAAAACGGUGUUGGCCCUUGUGCUGGCAUCCUCUUUUGCAAAUGCCGCCACCCAGCAACAAAUGCAUGGCUUCUCUCCAAAAUGGAGUAAGCUGAGCUUAGACGACAUCACCCCUUCCCUGGAUCCAAGCUCAGGCGGUACCAAGUGCUGUCCGCGUGGGACAACUUUCGACGGAAAGACGUGUGUUCUGGGAUCCGCUUCAUGUCCCGGCGACUCGUCUCUCGAAGACGGCAAGUGUGUUUCCAGAAUUGCUCCCCGAUGCGAAAAGGACCAAAAGGUCAGCCCGGAUGGCUUGUGUAUCACGGAAUCUCCUCCCAAUUGUCCUGGUGGCUUGAAACUCAAGGGGAGGAGCUGUGUUGAUCCCCGAGGCGCUACAUGCGAUGGUGACCUGAAGCAAGAAGGCGAUCUCUGCGUUUCGAAGAUCCAGCCCCAAUGCAGUGGCACCGAUCAUUUCCAAGACGGGGCUUGUGUCAGCUCCCAAGGACCACAGUGCGGCGAAGGCAGCGAGUACAUCGAUGGAUUUUGUGUUAGCAAAACGCCGCCUGAGUGCUCCCACGGGACUGUAUAUGACCCAAAACUGGGGCUCUGUGUCUCCUCCGUCAGCAACGGAUGUCCGAUUCCCAACACUCGCCCAAAGAACGGAGUCUGUGUGUCUGACGUCGGUCCCAGUUGUGGAAAGGAUGAGAAUCUUGUGCCUGAUAUUGGAAAGUGUGUCUCUCGUUCUCCGCCGACCUGCGAAGAUCCAUCACUGAAGGUGGAUGGAAAGAACUGCAUUUCACCAGAUGGCCCCAAGUGUACGGAUGGCUAUGAUCUUUCUUUCAACCCGUCGGCCGGCACAUCCCAAUGCUGCCCUACGGGUUCCAGCUGGGAUGGUGUUUCCUGUGUUUCAGAGGCCGGUGCAGACGGUUGUCUUCCUGGAUGGACCCCAUCCGGCAACAAAUGCAAACUCAAGCCCCUGCCUGCUGUCUGUCAGCCGGACGCCGAUCUCAAGGGCGGAAAGUGUGUGUUCAAAGAGCAACCAAAAUGCAGCGAUGGUUACGAGAGAGAUAAUCUCAAUCGAUGUGUAUCUACGCAGGCGCCACGUUGUCCGGAUGACACGAAAUUAAUCAAUGGGGAAUGUGUUUCUACUGUGCCAUUGAAAUGCCCCCAGGGCAGCCACUUCGAGGAGGAUCGGUGUAUCAGCGAUCUUGGUCCUCUGUGCUCCAUCCCACGGGCAAAGUUCGAUGGAAAGGGACAUUGUGUUGUUGACGACAUGCCUCACUGCCCCUCUGGCGUGCAUAACGGCAACACAUGUUUGACCGGAGAGACACCUUAUUGUCAGGACGGAUUCAACUAUGUUGGCGGCCGAUGUGUCUCUUCCUCAACACCAAAGUGCACGCAUCCAUUGACCUUGACUACGGAAGGUGACUGUAUUUCUCGUAAGCAGCCUACUUGCGAAAAAGGCAUCUUCCGUAAAGGCGAGUGUUUCGUCGGAGAGGCCCAGUGCCCAGAAGGUACCGACUAUCGCCAGGGCCGCUGCGUCAGCCGUGAAUAUCCUCAGUGCACUCAAGAAGGAUAUGAGUGGUUCAGGCCUGAAAGCAAGUGUCGGAAGAAGGACAAGACCGACUGUGGCUCUGGAUAUCACGAAAAGGAUGGCGAGUGUGUCUCAGACAUUCCCGGUGAUUGUGGAGAACUCGAGCUACGUGAUGGCCAAUGUGUCCACCCCGGUCCUCCAAAGUGUCCGGAAGAAAGCAACACGUACUGGGAUGGCGAGGAUUGUCGAUCUCCAGAUGUGCCUGAUUGUGGUGUUGGAAAGUCCUUCAACCAGGCCAAGGGGACCUGCGUGGCGGAGUCCAAGCCUGUAUGCGAUGACCCCGGAAUGGUGUUUGACGAGGACCUCAAGAAGUGUGUCUCCGGCGAUGGUCCGCAAUGUCCAGAUGACCAGCGAUUUAAUCCAGCUACUCAGAGCUGUGUUUUGGUUGUUGGAGACUGCUUGGAGUUCGAGUACUGCCCACCGGUAAAUCACCAUUCUGACUUGUUUGAGACUUUGUGA